AUGCGUCUCAUUCUUUCGCUUCUUCUGCUCGUUGCCGUCUCUUGGGUAGUGCUGGCGGCCGUCAGUUCAAGUGAAGUGGGCCGUCACAAGAGGCAGUAUUACGGUGGAUACUACGGUGGAUACGGUGGAUACGGUGGAUAUUAUGGGUGCGGAUGUGCCACGUAUGCACCCUGUCCUCACGGAAAUGGAGGUGGAAAUGGUGGUGGAAAUGGAAACGGAGGAAAUGGAAAUGCCCGUUAUGGUGGAUGGUAUGGUGGUUAUGGCGGCUACGGUGGAUAUGGCGGCUGGGGUUACGGCUGGGGUUACAAGAAAUAG